AUGCAAUUGUAGUCUCAACAAAUUGAAGUUGUCAAUAAAACUGAGAUUUCAUAGAAUUUAAUCAAAGUAGAAUAGUAACAAACUUAAAAAAUAAUUUUGACAAAUAAUUAAGAAUUAAUGCCUUAAUAGAAUCAAUUGAUAAAAUCUGAAUUAAAACCAAUUGGACUUUUAAAUUUAAGUUUAGAAAAAUGUAUAAAUCUUUAAACUAUUAAAUCUUGGAUUGAGAUAUAUUUGGGAUUGGAAGUUCAAAUUCUUAAUUUAUAAUUAGCGUUAUAUUAUGAAAGGAAUAACUUUUACAUUUAUGAUAUAGACAAUGAUCAAACCUAUAAAUUGGAAAAAGAUGAUAAAGAUAUAAUAAAUGUUUUUAGUAUUUUCAAAGUUAUGACUCAAGUAAAACCUAAAAAUAUUUCAUCUUUUAUAGCAAUUGUUGAUUAAGAUAUUUAUGAUCCUUAUUAACCGUAAGCAAAUAUUUUAGGAAGAGCAGGAAAUCAAAGAGUAUGUGUUGUGUAAGUGUAAACAGAAGUGAAUGAUUUUUAUAGUACAAUAGUUCAUGAAUUAUUACAUACCUUAGGAUUUGGUCAUUGUUAAUAUUCAAACUGCCUCAUGUAUGCUAAUAUAAGCACAAGUAUGCAACUUUGUGAGAAACAUUUGCAAAAACUAUCUCACAUAAAAGAGAUAGAAGAACUAAAAAGAUAUAGAGCACUUCUACAUAUUUCUAAAUAAAUUGGAUUCCAAAAAGAAUUCUAAGCUUUAGAACAAAUCAUAAAAAAGGUUGAAACUCAGGCUAAUUCUUCAAUGUAAAUGAUUUGA